AUGUCCAGCUCAUCUCCUCGCCACUCGCCUCCUCCAUCUGCGGCGGCACCAAGGCCAAAGGGAAUCCUCAAGAAUGCCAGUGCAGGCGGCCUUGAACGUCAAGGAAGCGCUGUUGCACCCCAGGAUGCUCAGAGCCCUCCAGUCGAUGAGCAUGGAAAUAGGUUGGCUUGGGACGAGACAAACCUCACGCUUCACGAGAUCGAGAGGGAGAAUACGGCAGCUCGUAUGAAGAUCGAUGAGCCCAAGACACCUUUCGUCAGAAGUGCGAGCUUGGGAAGCGUCGACGCGCUCGAUCUGGACAAUGAGCACAACUACUUCGAAGGCAGCGGCGGGGGAGAUAGCAGCUCGAGCGGCGGUGGUCAGAACAGCCUGCCAGAAGGAACCUCAGCCGCCGAUCUGUUGGCAGCCAACACCUCAGCCAAUGCAGGUCCGGGAGGCAGAGCUGGCAGCGCAGGCCUAGCAGUAGGUCUGGACGCAGCAGAUGUCUCGACGCUCUCAACCAGGCGAGGAUCAGGUGCAGAGUCUGUCCUCUCGACCGGAGAGAACCCAUCGCCUGCUGGCAGAGCCACUAGCAGGAGCCCCAGCUUCAGCUUGCCGCCCAGCAGUAGAAGGAGCAGCUCGUCCAGUGCUAGAAACAACGAUCGCGGCGCCGUGAGGGACGAGGCGCGCGGCAGGGGCGCCGACGACAUGGACACCCGACCCGACGAGACUCUCGACGACGAGGAUGACGAGGAUUUGGAUCCAGAGGAAAAAGCCAAUCGUGCGGCCUUUGCUCAGAAACGCCACCAACACUACGGCAACGAGGCUCAGGCUAUGAAACUCGCAGCUGCUCUGGCAGCCCAAGAAGACGACGACGACGACGAUGAGAAUGAAGGUGAUGGAAGCAGCGGAGGACCUUCGCGCACCAUACCGCCAGUCCCACCUCUUCCCAACUCUGUCCACUAA